AUGACAACUCGACUCAGAAACGCGAACCCAUGCGAUGGAUGCGCAUUAAGGCGCGUUAAAUGCGAACAAGGAAAGCCUUGUCAUGAGUGUCUCAUCAGAGGCAUCGAAUGCACGGCUCUAAGGGCGAGGAAGAAGCGUGGUCCAAAGGGUGGAGCGAGAUCGACUACCAAAGACAAGGUUGAGAGGUUCCAAGAGAGUAUCAGGAACAACCAAUCUUGCACUAUUAAAGCUACAACUCCUGGUCCACUACCUUUACCGUCUUACCGAAUACAACUUCCUGAGUAUCAACGCAUCCUCAACAUUUCCAAACGACUAGCGACAUCUAUAUGGAUCGUCAUCAACCCUGAACAUAUUCUCGCCAAAAUAUCCGAGAACAGCGAGGAUUAUGAAUCUCAUGCUCUGGCAGCAGCACUAUGUGCCGCAACUAUAGCCCAGCUCCGACUUCCCGAGCAUGCCGGACCACUAAAUACCACAUCUUCACUACAGUUCUCUAGAGAGUGCCUGCAACUGAGGGAACUUUAUGAUUAUCGUGAGAGUUAUAGCCUUGAAUCUGCCCUGAUACCCUUCUUCAUGCACGUCUAUCACUCCAAUGGAAAUAAGCUGCGCACUGCUGGUUUAUUUUUGAGAGAGGCUGUUACGCAGGUUCAGCUUAUGCAGCUUGGUUAUCCUGAAACAUAUGCUCAUUUGAGUCAAUCUCAGCAAUCACUUCGUUUACGGAUAUACUGGCUUGUUCUCAUUACCGAGAGAACAUACUCUGCACAGCAUGGCUUACAAGCAGUUCUCCAAGUCAUCGACGUCUUCCCAGAUAUCCAAGACGACAUGGCCGACGAGCGCCGCCUCCAAGCUUUUGUAUGCCUGACAAGACUCUUUGCUUAUCUAGAGAGUAACCUGACGACAAUUUCCUCGAACCAGCCGCCGCUCGAAAGACAGAAACUGGUGUCAUACCAGGCCGCAUUAUGUCUCGACUCGCACGAUCACGCAGCUCGGGAAGCUCAAAGAGUCGACCUAUUUGUCACUCGCCAGUGGAUCAGACUUAUUCUGUGGGAGUACACGGCACGUCACUUCGCCAUGUCGUGUUAUCCAGAUGACGAGGCUUUUUCAUUAUAUCUACCUGUCAAGAUUGGGCAUAAGAUGCUUUCGCUUUUUUCAAUGGUGACGAAUGCAGCUAUCAAGACACAUGGAUACGGUAUUGAACUCAAAGUGUUUAGACUAGCAGACACAAUGCUUGACAUUAUUGCCUGCACGCCAUUUUCUGCCCAUGGAAAUGUUAACUCAUCCCCUGUGGCUUAG